UAUUUACUAAUGAUUACUUUUUUGUAGAUAUGUAUAUGUGUUUAAGAAGAUAUAUUAGUUUGAAAUUACAGUCGUAAUGCCUCCGAUUUUAAUUGAAGAAGUGAAUGUGUUCUCAUUUCCUCAUAGUCGAAUGAAAAAAUUAAUGAAUUGUUGCACAUCCAAAGUUGGUCAUACUGAUUUUACAUGCAAUGAUGAUUUCGAAGAAUUAUUACAACGUUUACAAACAACAUUCACAGAAUUUAUGGCACAUGAAGAAAUCGAAAAUCAAUUCGUUAUGGGGAAAUUGAGUAAAAAGUUAAAGGCUCUAUCAGAAAAUAAUGACGUGGUCUGUAAUUGUCACAAGGAUGAUCGUUUUACACCGUUGAUGGCUCUAUUUCGCGAUGGUUACUCAUUUAUUCGACGUGGUAACGCGGAUCGUGUAACAUACGGCAUGAAAUUACGUAAAGCCAUGCGAAAAUUUUAUGAG